GGAGUAGUCCCGCUGCUAGGAAGCUGUUCAGUGGAAAGGCAGCUUAGAUUCGUGCUGCAUGAAACUUAACAUUGUGCCUAGAUUCUGGAACAGCACCGGGGCACCCCUAGCAGUGUCAAACGAGCAAUCUGAGGACCGUGAUCACAAACUCUCCAACUUCAUCAGUGGCCUUCGUCCCCAAUCUCUCAAAUAUCUAGAGACCAUCAGCGACACUGGAAUUGGUGCAGAAGCCUUCCUGGCUUUGAAUACCCAUGGCGAGUCCUUGAAGGAGCUCAGACUAUGCCUCCGUACUGACACACUUCCUCACCUUUCACUCUUGAGGGGCUGCACGGCGAUUGAAACCCUCAGGUUAGAAGAUAACGACGGCCAUACAGAUAUCAAAGCGACUCAAAACGACGUCUUCCUCGAAGUUAUUGAGUGGCUCCGAAAAUGCGAGGAUCUGAAAAACUUCAGCCUCACCAACUUUGUGGAUGCAGCUGCCAUCGUAUUCCCACUUCUACUAGAAGAAAAGAUUCACCUUCGGAAGCUGGAUAUUGACACCUACGUUGUGAACAGCAACAAGAUGUUUCACCAGGCGCUCAUACACCAGCGCGAAUCCUUGCGAGCUUUGACGCUAAGCGGCGACAGCGAUGAGAUGUUCAGGGAUGACGUCGAUGUCCUCGUUGACUCGCUCAAGUCUUUGACGGAACUGAGGGAACUAGAGCUACGUGGCGUGUCAGAUUGGCUCAAAGAUGAGCAUUUCAACCAAAUCAUCGACAGACUGGAUAAGCUUGAAGACUUCUACAUCAGCGGCUUGGAAGUGACAGAUGCUGUGCUGGAUAAGGCUGCUAGCCUCCGCAACCUGAGGAGUAUGACCUUCAUGGUCAUGAGCAAGUUUACGUUGGAUGGCCUACUAGAGUUCGUAUCGAAACUAGGCCCGGGCAACCAAGGCCUAGUACUGCUAAUCGGAAUGGCUGAUCCGGGCGCAUUACUAUCCGAAGAUGAACUCAGUCUGGUUCGAGAAAGCUUAAUGGUGAAGGUCGGCGGCAGGCUGGAGUAUACUCCUUGGAGAGACCCAGACGUAUCUGAAUUCGAGGGAGACUCGGAUUGAUGCCACUACCUGUGAGGCUUCAAAUUGUCGAAGAAAACCUAGCACUCCGCGCAACAUACGCAGUUUGUGUACGCCGGUUCAUCACCACCUGAGGUGGCCUGGUGAGUUACAGGCUGUUCAAAAUAAUUCAUAUAUACUUCGUCCAGUUCUGGAAUAUGCAUUGG